AUGGUCUCUCUACCGGACGUCCAAUCCUCAAAUUCCCAAAUAGCCAACACCCUCCCAGCAGGCCUCGUGGCAGUCUUUGUAGGCGCAACAAGUGGCAUCGGCGAAGCAGCCUUGAAAGAGUUCGCCCGCUCAGCCCGAUCUCCUCGCGCAUACUUCAUCGGCCGAUCGCAAGAAGCCGCAGCCCACAUCACAGCCGAAUGCCGACAGUUGAACCCAGAGGGAGAAUUCAUAUUCAUCAAAGCGGAUGUCAGUCUAAUUCGAAAUGUCGACGUAGUCUGUCGCGAGAUUCAGAGUAAAGAGAAGAGUAUCAACAUCCUCUUCCUAAGCUGUGGAACUAGUCGUUUCGGAGAAGAUACAUCCGAAGGCCUUCAUAUCAUAACUGCAACUGGAUACUACGCCCGAACACGCUUCAUAAUCAACCUCCUCCCAAAUCUCAAACAAGCAACGAGCCUACGUCGCGUCGUUAGCGUCCUGGCCGGCAGCCAAGAAGGUCCCAUCGACGUAACCGACUUCCAAGCAAAAAAGAUGUCUAUGCUAAACAUCCGUGGACAUAUGGUUUCAAUGACUGAUAUGACCCUGGAAACGCUGGCCGAGCAAGCGCCAGAAGUCACGUUUAUUAACGAUUACCCCGGUCCAGUCAAGACGGGGAUUGGGCGCGAGUCGAAUACUUUCCUCACUCGGCUUAUGGGUAUCAUGCUCAUAUUUAUCGGGCCGUUUAUUUACAUUCCAAUUCGGGAGUCUGGGGAGAGACAUCUUUUCUUCGCGACAAGUGCUAAGUAUCCACCCCGUAUUCACUUAGAUGAGGUAGAAGUGUCAUCUGGUGUGCCUUUGUCGGAGGGGGUUGAGGUUGCCAGUGGGACGGAUGGGAAGGUUGGGAGUGGGGUUUACAGUAUUCAUUGGAGGGGAGAGCAUGCUGGUCCUAGGGUCGUAGAAUUGUUGGCUGGACUUCGUGAGCAAGGGAUAGCAAAAAAAGUUUGGGAGCAUACAGUCGGGGAGUUUGAUAGAAUUGUUGGGCCGGCGGAUGUCUGA